CCAGUGGACGACAAUGACAAAGCUGACCUCGCAGUUUGAUGAGUGGGGGCAGCUCUACCCCUGCCUUAGCCAGCUGGCAAUCGCACUGACUUUACCAGUGUCUUACGUUAAUUGUGAGAGGGACUUCUCUGCAGUGAAACGAGUCAAAACAGACUUGAGGAGCAGACUGCAGGGAGAGCAUCUAGCCGCCUCCAUGCGGCUCUCCAUCAACUGCCCCCCCCAUCAAGGAGCUCAAUUACAGCAGGGUGUUGGAAAUCUUUUUCCAGCCCAGAAGAAUAAAGUUCUCUGACAAAGGCUGUAAUGUCAAAACAAGGUUUUUGUCCGAACCUGGAAAGAGAUUUCCAACACCCUACUUUUGUGAUUAACAUGAAUGAGUGGG